GGUCAGGGUUGGCUUAACGGGCCGUCCUCUUGGCACGUUUCUCCCUUAAGCCCUCCGUUCGUGCCUCUUCGAACUCCGCAGCACUGCUGGUCACAGCUGACCUCCAGUUAGAGCGCUCAAGGGCCAGGGCUUCCCAGUUCUCAGUGUCUAUGCCACAUUUUUUAAGGCUGGCUUUAAGCCCAUCUUAAAUCUCUUUUCCUGCCCACCAACAUUACGUUUCCCGUUCUUGAGUUCGGAGUAGAGCAACUGCUUUGGGAGACGGUGAUCGGGCAUUCGGACAACGUGGCCUUCAGUCCAGCGGAGUUGAUGGCGUAGGAGCAUCGCUUCAAUGCUGGUGGUCUUUGCUUCUUCCAACACGCUGGCAUUUGUCCGCCUGUCUUCCCAAGAGAUUGGCAGGAUUUUCCUGAGGCAACACUGAUGGAAAGUCUCCAGGAGUUUGGUGUGACGUCUGUAUGUUGGGUUAUCUAAGCAAUCAUGCAUGCAUUUUCAAUGCGGGAUGGUUUAUGUAGUUAGUUAUGUCUGUUGCUUAGUAACCUGAGCCAAGCUGCAUUCCAGAGUUGAUGAUACCAUUUAAGGGUUUUGCAUAUGAAAUGGGAAAUGGGUGUAUCCUUUCUGGGGACACACAGGAAGUGAUGUACAGAUGCCUCUUCCUGUCUCUUCCUUUUUGCUCCUGACCAUGCCAUGCUGAUGUUCCUGUCUGUUAAGAGAUAUGUAGUUUCCUGAACUGUUUUUCUUUGGAACUAAGAUGUUUUUUGCCUGUAUGACCAUCAUCAUACAAGAUUUGGUCACGGGUGCUACAACCGGCAUUGGAAAAUCUUACGCCCAUGAGCUUGCCAAGAAAGGUCUCGAUAUCGUCCUGAUCAGCCGUUCCAUGGAAAAAUUGAAGCAAGUGGCUGCUGAAAUUGAGGAACUCUACGGCAGGAACACUAGAGUCAUCCAGGCGGAUUUCACCGGAGGCUCCGAAAUCUACAAAUCCAUUGAGGAAGCUCUGCAUGGCUUGGAGAUAGGCGUUUUGGUGAACAAUGUUGGCAUGAGCUACCCAAAACCGUCAGAGUUCCUGCAGUUCCCCAACCUCAAGAAGUUCAUGAACGACUUGGUGAAUUGCAACAUCCUUUCGACCUUGAAGAUGACGGAAAUCAUCCUUCCUCAAAUGGUCGGCAGGAAGAAGGGGAUCAUCAUCAACAUCUGCUCUGGAUCUGCCUGGAGACCCAUGCCCUUCGCCUCGAUGUACAGCGCCAGCAAGGCCUGCAUGGAUGUCUUCUCACAAGCAUUAAACGUGGAAUACAGGUCCAAAGGCAUCAUUGUACAAGAUGUCCUGCCAAUGUUUAUCGACACCAACAUGGCCAGGCACUUGAACUCCUGGGUCGCAAAGAUGUCUCCCGAGGUCUUUGCUCACAAAGCCUUGAACACCGUGGGCUUCACUAACAGAACCUCUGGGAGCCUCAGCCACAGCAUCCAGCAUUCCAUGAUGGAUUGGAUCUUCCCAACAUCAUUGCUGUACACAUCCUAUGGACAGUUGAUACAUCGGCUUCUAAUGAAGUUCUUUUCUAAAUAAUGUAAUUUCACCUUCCUGGUGAUUCUUGUGGAAAGGAGCUGGACGUGACCAGGACCAUACAGAACAAUUAGGUCACCACGUUCCAAACCAAAUCCUAUGUUAUUAUAAUGAUGGUUGCGCCACGAUUUAAUAAAAUCCUCAUUAUGCAUUA